CCAUGAAGUAAUUCCUCUAUACUCUGGUCGAGGCGUACGUCUACGGCAAUGGCGGCGACGGAGCUCGCAUCGUUCUCCUUUCAGCCAUGGGCCAACAAACGGGCGGAGGAGGGGCGUUUGCAGGACAUUCUGGCGCGAGUGAGCGGCGAGCGGGGACACUUCCGAGACAUCACAGAGGCAUCGUUGCAGGAGGAGCUGGCGGCUGAUGGGGCCUUGGAGCUUAGUGAGAGUGGAACGGAGGACGAGGAAGAAGAGCGGGACGAUGCCAGCCAGCUCCCGGAGAAGGCAAGGCCCGCCACAAGAGAAGAACUGUUCAAGGCGAAAUACGAGAUGCUGGGGAACGUCAGGGCGGCCGAGCAGGAGAUUCUGAUGUCGCUGGACUUCGUGUCACUCUUGCUGUCCAGGGAUGCGCCCCGACAGGCACAGAACACCGUCUCUCCGUUCCUGAGAGAUGCCGUACCCCUUGGUACGCUGGGGGCGGAUGUGUGGAAGCGGAUGUCUACCAACAGUGCUAGGGAGGCGGACUACGAAAAGCUGGCAGCUAACGUACGAAUCGAAAGUCUCCAAGAAAGUGCAGACAACUUGUUGGCAGCUGCAACGCGCCUAGAGAGCAACGUGCGGAAAGAAACGCAGUACUGGGAACAGGUUCUGUCUAUCUCGGAAGAGGGCUGGAACAUUUGCCGCAUUCCGGGACAGCAGCACCGACUUGGAGUCAGCUUUGGGUUUAGCGAGAGUGCGCCAGAGUUCUCGCGAAGAGGCCUCGCUGCCCUGAAUUCAAGCUCCGACGGCGGCGUGGUGGUUGAGCGAGGCAUUGGUAGUGCUUCCAAAGCGUUACAGGCCACUCUGCAUCAAGAUGGACAGAUUAUUGGCACCUCCAAGAUUCCCAGACUCCUGGAUGUGGAAGAGACAACGCUGGAGGCCCGCAUACGCUACGCUCGAGACAGUCUAUUCGAUGAGGAGCUCUACCACGAGAUGAUUCGCGAAAGCCGGACCAUCACGUCUCUGGGGGCGGGAAUGCAAGGGUCAACAAUCGAAGUCAAGCUGGGCAAUGGCAUGCGUAUGUCGUUCGACUUGAUCUCUCUGGACGACAGCGCCGAGGCCAACGGUGACGGGUCGAGCGGUGGCGAUACCGCAGCUCAGACCGUUGCCCUUGCGGCGAGGCUUCUGCUAAGCCAGGCACACCGGGAGCAAAUCAGAGCAAGAUCUGCCGUUCCGGCGCCGAUUUCCGACAAGUCCAAAGAGGAAAGAGUGGUGAUGCCAAUCUUGAGGCCGAUCAUGUCACCGCUGCUUCACCGCGAGUCACUUGAACGACUGAACGCAUAUAUCGGUGGCGUGGACGAAAUGCUGGUUGCCGCUCACGUGGAGCACACGGCUGAGCUCGCGCACAUCUCCUUGGCCGGGAACGGGACAGUCGAAAGCGCGGGGGCCUUGAUGACAAUGCUCCAAAAACCAUGGACAUCCGAGGCCAAGCUACAGAUCUCAGACUCGAAGGGGAUUGAGGCUUGUCUUGUUAUCAGGCUCGAGACUACAUUGACGGAAGGGUUUGGGUCGAAGCUUUUUCUCCAUGUACCGUGGCGCGAGGAACCGUAUCGACUCGACAGCUUGGAAGAUCUCGCUUCGGCUGCCGACGCAAAGCUCGCGACACUUUUAGCGCGCAGUCUUGUGAAUGACAUGGACGGCGAAUGGAAAUGCAAGGACAAUGAAGCUCUCGUCACUCAGGACGUUGGCCCGAUGAGGAAGGGGCAGGCGAUAUGGGUCACGGUGGAUAGCAGGAGGAGGACAUUGUCUCUGAACUCGUUGAGCAAGGAGAUGUCGUGGAGAGGAGAGGGAGAGAAGUCGGAGAAGGGGCUGUGGGAGGCUGUCGGGGAGGUGCUGUAGGGUGGUGCUUCUGUCAUGCAAGGCUUCAAGCUGAGGAAAAAUUCUCCCAUUAAAUAUCUCAUGCUUGCCAUCAUAAACGAAUCCGUUUGAAGACCAUGGAUAUGUGAUGUAGUAGUUGCGAUGCGU